AUACAACACAAUAUUCAUUUUCUCUUAAAAGUUGCCGACAAGGUCAAAGGAUCAAAUCCACAACAAAAGGUAAUGAAAAGGGAGAGCUGUGGAAGGCAAACACACCCCACCUCAUGACUGGCCAGGCUGUGGCACGCAAGAGCUGCUCACUGCACAAUGCCGCCAUGCGCAGAGGCUCUCUCCAAGCCCUCGGGCACUCACACAGCAGCAUAAAAGCCGGCCCUGAGCCUCGCUCCCUCACACACUUCUCCUGACACCUCCUCCUCUGCACUCCUCUAGGUAAGCAUGUCAUCUGCUGCCCUCCCUUGCCCACCCCACCUGGCUUGGCUAUCCAAACCCCUUGGCCCCAAGACUCUGCAGCUCUUCUACCUCCCCAGAAACCAUCCUCUCCACCACCCCAAGCCCCAACCCCAACCAACUUGCUCCCUGGGCCACACCGAGCACAGCUUCUUGGGUCCUCAACAACCUCCAUUUGCACAAUACCCUCUCUUCCAGGGACCAUCCACCCCACAGCCAUGUCCUGCUACGACCUCUGCCGCCCCUGCAGCGGGGGACCCACCCCGCUGGCUAACAGCUGCAACGAGCCCUGUGUCAGGCAGUGCCAGGACUCCCAAGUCGUCAUCCAGCCUCCCGCCGUGCUGGUCACCCUGCAGGGACCCAUCCUCAGCUCCUUCCCCCAGAACACCGCCGUCGGAUCCUCCUCAUCAGCUGCUGUGGGCAGCGCCCUCAGCGCCCAGGGAGUGGCCAUCUCCUCCGGCGGCUUCGGCUUCGGAGGCCUGGGCUGCUACAAUGGCGGGAGAGCCCGCUACCCCUGCUAAGGGCCUGCGCCCACACCUCGACACCAACCACCUGCACCCUGCAAGGAGCCUCACGCACUCAGGAGGCACCACUGGCUCACUGAUGGUACAACAGCUAAUUGCCAUGACUCCUCUUUUCAUGGCACAAAGCAAACAAGCAGGGAACAGCGUCAGACCAUGGUGUCUGGGAAUAUCAAUGCAGUAAAUUUCU